AUGGCUGCGUUUACUUCGAUUUGCGAGAGCAAGAGGAUCUAUUGCAGCGUUAGUAUGAUUAUGGAUCUUCAAGGUUUCGACUGGGUUGGUACUUACGAAAAUAUCAUCGUAUGGUGGAUCAUCCGUUACUGCGUACACAUAGAGAGCGUACAGCCGAACGAUAGAGGCAAUCACCGCUACGCCGCCGACCAUGAACACGCCGAGGAGCGCAAAUCGCUUGCGGUGAGCCCAAUAAAGUAUACGGCAGCUCAGCGUAUGACGUACGUUGACGAAUGUGACGAUAACUGUCUGAACAGCAACAAAGGCGGCUACACAGUAGACCGUAUAGCGAAAUUUGGUUUGGGUGAAGAUUCGAUGGUAGAGGGCCAAGAUGCUGGCUUUGACGAAGAACAGUGCCCAUGGGUACACGAGCUGAUACGCAUACCUGAAGCAGAGUCAGUCGUGAGCUUUCUGUUUGGACAGUAG